AUGUUCAUUACAUUGAAGUGCAACAAGGACAGUAUUUCUGUGGAACAGUCAAGUGCAAGCACUGCUCAAGGGACACGCCCUCGACAUGCCGCUUGCUACGAGUGUCGCGUGAAGAAGCUCAAAUGCUCUGGAGACAAAGGUGGCUGUGCUGGAUGUUUAUCGAAUAAACUUGAAUGCACUUAUAAUCCACCUCGCAGAGUCGACAAUAGUGCUACGAGAAGAUCACGAAGACGUUCUCAGGCUCAAAGCCUUGGAACUUACAGUAUGCAUACGCGGCCGCCCUCUGCACGGUCCAGAGAUCCCUCAACGCCUCGUCUAUCUACGUCUUCAUCUACAACAUCGAUAGAACUUGAUCUUGACCGAUUAUCUUGGCCAAAGCAUACGUUUCCGGCUCCGGAAACAACAGAAAAUUUUCUGGACGCUUUCUGGAAGCAAAUUUCAGCUAGCUCGGAAGAUCGCUUGAGAGAGGGUGCUUCCCCUCUCUUUCCGACCACUGACGCUGGGCAUGAUCUCCUUGAUCCUGCAGAAUUUUCACCAAGUGAAGAAAUACUGCACUCAAAUUCGAAUGAUGCACUCACAGCACUGUCUUCGGACUUGUUCGGCGAUCCGAGCCUGUCGCUUGCUUUUUCCAACCCGGGGCACCCACACACCGACGCCUCCAGCAUGCUUAUGCAACCGGCAAGCGAAUUGGACACUAUAUCCGGUGCUAAAACUCAAGGAACGGCAUUAAGUAACGCAAGUGGUGGCAGCUGUCGCUGCAUGACUGAUGCACUUACUAUCCUAGACGAACUCGAAGCCAGAAAAAUGGAAACGUCACCUUAUGUCACACACACCGUAUCUGGCAUACUGUCAGCGAACAAAAGUGCGUUGUGGCAAUGCGACAGGGUAAUCGAGUGCCCAACAUGCCCGUACCGGCCCGGAUGCGUCCUGCUACUGAUCCUGAUAUGUCGCAACCUCGUCUUCCAAUUCCAACAACUUAUCUCAGCCGAACUGAGUUCUCAAGGUCGACAGAGUCCGCCAAUCAGUCCCUCCGACAGCAGGACCGAUGCUUUGGGCCAGUACUCUAUCGACACUUCGGAAGAGCAGCUUCAGGUCCUGUAUGCACUAGCCAUGGUACGGGGCAAGAGCUUGUCAAGGUUCUUAGGAAGGUUGAAGAGCUUAGUGUGCUUUCAGUCGGGGGCGACAUCGCAUAGGGAGAAGAUCGAAAGCAUUGAAAAUUGGCAUCGCAGUCUUAUGGGGCGGCUGAAGCAAAUGAGCUACGGAUACAUGUAG